AUGGGGUUCGUCAACUUUAAGAACUAUAGGCUCUAUAUCCUGACGGCCACGGCCUAUAUGGGCUCGUUGCUGUUCGGUUAUGACACGGGUGUCAUGGGCUCGGUCCUGGCAAUGGCCAGCUUCAAGAAAGAUUUCGGCCUGCCAGUAGGCUCUUCAGGAUUCAGCGACGAAAAGAAUGCUCAGAUUUCCUCCAACGUGGUGUCCCUCCUCACAGCGGGAUGUUUCUUCGGUUCGAUCGGAGCCGCAUACAUGAACGAUCGACUGGGUCGUCGGUACUCCUUGAUGAUCCUCGUCGUGAUCUUCAUGGUAGGAGCUGCCCUGCAGACCGGAGCUCACCACGAGAUCGGUCUGAUCUACGGUGGUCGUGUCAUCGCCGGUCUGGGCAUCGGUGGCAUGUCCUCCAUCACACCCGUCUAUGUCUCUGAGAACUGCGCGCCCGAGAUCCGUGGUCGAGUCGCUGGUCUGUUCCAGGAAUUCCUGGUCAUCGGUAGCACCUUCGCCUACUGGCUUGAUUAUGGUGUUGCCCUCCACGUCCCCGAGGGCACAAGCCAAUGGCGCAUCCCAGUGGCGAUCCAGCUCGUCCCUGCUGGCCUCAUGUUGAUUGGGCUGUGCUUCCUCAAGGAAUCGCCUCGCUGGUUGAUGAAGAAGGGCCGUAGCGAGGAGGCGCUGGACUCCCUUGCUUAUAUUCGCAAUGAAUCCGAAACCAGUGAAGCUGUUCAACUGGAGUUCGCUGAGAUCUCUGCUGCAAUUCACGAGGAGAACCAGGCUACCGAGGGAAUGACAUGGAAGGAAUGUCUUAAGCCCACAAACCGAUACCGCUUCUUCCUGGCGUUCGUUCUGAUGCUGUCUCAGCAGUUCAGUGGAACGAACUCCAUUGAUUACUAUGCGCCACAGAUCUUCGCAAGUGUCGGAUUGAGCAAGACCAACUCCGGACUCUUCGCCACUGGUAUCUAUGGUACCGUCAAGGUUGUUGCUACCGCCAUCUUCUUGAUCAUUGGUAUCGAUCGCUGGGGCCGAAAGAAGAGUUUGAUCGGUGGUUCUGCCUGGAUGGCUAGUAUGAUGUUCAUCAUCGGAGCAGUCCUGGUCACGCAUCCUCCCGAUGAGAACGCCACUUCAGUCUCGUCAGCAUCCAUCGCCAUGGUCGCGAUGAUCUACCUCUAUGUCAUUGGAUACUCCGCAUCCUGGGGACCAACUCCUUGGGUGUACCUGGGCGAGAUCUUCCCGACUCGUCUCCGUGCUUAUGGUGUCGGAUUUGGAGCUGCCACACAGUGGCUGUUCAACUUUGUCAUCACGGAGGUCACUCCCCGGGCCAUCAACCAGAUCGGAUGGAGGACGUUCCUCAUGUUCGGUAUCUUCUGUUUCGCCAUGGGUGUUUUCGUCCUCUUCUUCUUUAAGGAAACCAAGGGACGGACCCUGGAAGAAAUGGAUCUUAUCUUUGGAGCUGUUGAUGAGCAGCAGAGACGCGCUGAUGUCGAGCACACCCUGCAAAAGACUCAGGUCAUGCACGAAGAGAAUGCCGAGAAUGCCGGAGAGGAUGGCAAGACCCGCACAGAGACCCGAACAGAGGCCCAAUAG